AUGCUUGGAAGAUGUAAAGCUCCCUACGACUGGGACUCCAAGCUGCGGUUUACCCCAAACCAGAGGAGUUACGCCUUGAACCAACUGGUGCAGCUGAGCUGUGCUGGGAAGUCUAUGCCAUCAGUCCCCCAGAUCAGAUGCAUUUCCAGUGGGACCCAGACCCUGUGGAAUGAGACUGCCACCUGUGAGGAAAUAUGCCAAAGGCCUGCUUGGUGGGACCCCAGACUCCAGAUGGCACCAGCCCGUGAGAGUUACACAAAGAAUGAAGUAGUGACUCUGAGCUGCAACAAUGGUUCCCAGCCAUCUUUCACCCACAUCAAAUGUGCAGAGAGGGUUCGGCCAUGGAAUUAUUCUAGAUCUCUAAAUGCAGAUGUGUGGCUGGGGAGAAAAAGCAGUGAUGUCUGGAUUCACAUUGAGGGGAACAUAGAGUGCAUUGAUGUCCUCCAGGUUGUUCCUGAGACCCUGAAGAUUACCAGCACCAGCAUCAAACUGAACUGGACCUGCAUGCUCCCUGACACCUGCCAGAAUAUUCGGGCCAGGUGCCGGCUGGAGGGGCAUUCCUCCCCUCCCUGUGAGGCUGAGGAGGUGAAGGGAGAGGAGAUGUUACAAGGUCAAAAGGGAACUUUCACGUGCCCGCCUCUGCAGCCCUUCACUGUUUAUAGUGUCACUAUCUCCCUGCUGCCCAGCACAAUCCUGUACACACGGUUCCUCAGGACAAAGGAAUCGGUGCCAGACGAACCAGAGAAUCUGUGGCUGGAUCCCACCUUGGGAUCUCUCACGUGGAAGGCGCUGCCCUCCUGCAAAGGGGAGAUCAUUGGAUACCAGCUGAACAUCACCACCAUGAGAGCAGACGACAGCAGCUUCCUUGAAUUCAAGCAGGUGUUGGUGAACCAGUCGGUGACUGAGUACACCCCCCGCCAGACAGCUGGAAGCAAAUACGUGGUGACUGUGCAGGGCCUCACAACAGCUGGUGCUGGGGCUGCAUCAAUGCUGGAAUUUCAAGCCUACGUCUUGGUUGCAGGGCAGCCUCUGGGCCCAUGGCCUGGGUCAGCGGUCACGGUAGUCGUGGUGGUGCUUGUGCUGGUCCCCUUGUCUGCAGGGAUCCUGUGGUUUGUGCUGUCCAGGAAAAAGAAGGUCUUGCCCAGCAAGGUUGAGGAGGAUGAUUACACAGAGCUCCAGCCCUAUGAGAACGUACAUGAGGAUAAUUACUGUGUGAUCAAGACUUUUCUGGCAGAGAAAGAUGCAGGUAAAUGUGGCCACGCUGGAGAGCCAGUGCCCAAGCCCCUGCCUGUCAUGGAGUCUUCAGGAGACAGUCAGAGCAGUGAGAGACAGAAGAAGCUGGGACAGGCAUCAGUGAUGGUGGCCCUUCCCUUCUUGCAGCUUGCUCCUCCACCACUGCAGGCAGAACCAUGA